AUUUCCUUUUAGUGCGGUACGUUGAAACACACACAGUCCACAGAGCAGCAUGAUGAUGGAGAGGAUCUUACUGGGUGUCUUGUAUCUCUCAGGCUGCAACAUCUCCUCAUGCCUUCUCCAUCAGUACCACUAUGUUGCUGAUUUAAAGACUUGGAAUGAAGCUCAGAUCUACUGCAGAGAGACGUACACAGACCUGGCCACCAUUGAAAACAAUGAAGAAAUUAACCAACUUAUCAACACAGUUUCAUCUUUUGGUCGCAGCUCUAAGGUCUGGAUUGGCCUGUACACUAUAAUUGACUGGAGGUGGUCAGAUGGCUACAGAGGGGGAGGAGCUGAAUAUAGGAACUGGGAUAACUAUAAUGACAAUGAACCAGACUUUUACUCAGCUAAUCAGUUCUGUGUGAGCGUUGGAAAUGAUGGAGGGUGGUGGGAUGAUGGUUGCUCUAGGGAAUAUCCAUUUAUCUGUUACAGAGGGACACAGCUGGAUCCUGAAUUUGUUGUUUUGAAUGAAAGAAUGAACUGGUCCCGUGCUCAGAGGUACUGCAGGGAGAACUUCAUAGACCUGGCCACUGUGAGGAACGCCGCUGAGAGCCAGAAGCUCCAGAACUUGGUGCUUUCUAACUGGGCAUGGAUUGGUUUGUUCAGAGAUCCAAACAUUUACUGGUCUGAUGGGAGUGGCUCCUCAUUCAGAUACUGGGGUAACAAUGAAAACCUAAUUGACUCGAUGAGUGUCGCAUGUGGUGUUGCAGCUUUGGAUAAUUCAGGAAGAUGGAAGUUUCUUCCCUGUGAAACUAGAUUACCAUUUGUCUGCUACAGCGUCCCUCCACCUCCUGUCAUGAGGCAGGUAGUAAAGCUGAGGAUGAAGCCGCAGGACUCCUCUGUGGAUCUGAAUGAUCCUGCUGUGAAAGCAGACAUCCUGAAAAAGCUCCAGGACAGACUGAAGGAGAAAGGAGUGAGUGGAGUCACCCUGAAGUGGAGAGAGCAGCCUGAUGGGAGAGUCUUCCACAAGGAGGGAAAAAGAAGAAGAAAAAAGACUGAGCUCUAAAAGUGAAAUCCAACUGUCCUUCUGUUUAUCUGUAAUCCUUGGUGAAUGUUGAUUCUCUAUCUGCUAAUACAUACAGUACACUAUUAUCACUGUCCUCUACAUCCUGUAGUCAUAGAAGAGUUUUGUCCUUCAUCAUCAAUACUACUGAGUGAUGUGUGUUAAUGAAAUUUCCUUCAAAAUAAAACAUACG